UCCUAUUGGCCCGGCCGCCUUGGCCCCGCCUCAAUCCCCGGGCCCGGCCAUCUCGCUGGGCGGCUCGCGCUGCGCUCGCUGCUGCUGUUGCUGUUGCUGCUGCUUCACUUCGCGGUGCAAAGCGGAGCGGAAGGCGAGGGUGGAGGAGCCGCAAGGGGAGUGCAAGAUGAGCGAGCUCCGGCAGAGGCUGGGCCGGGAUGCCGACGGGCAGCAGCAGGACUCGGAGGGGAAGGAAUCAGAGUUUGAAAGCAAGCUGGAUGGAGAAACGGCGUCGGACAGCGAGUCCAAAUCGGAGAUUGCCCAAGCAGCGCCGGUGGAUGACACCCCAGAGGUUCUCAACAGGGCUCUCUCCAACCUGUCCUCCAGAUGGAAGAACUGGUGGGUGAGAGGCAUCCUGACUCUGGCGAUGAUCGUCUUUUUCUUCAUCAUCAUCUACCUGGGACCCAUGGUCUUGAUGAUGAUCGUGAUGUGUGUGCAGAUCAAGUGCUUCCAAGAGAUCAUCACCAUCGGUUACAACGUUUAUCACUCCUAUGAGCUGCCCUGGUUCAGAACCCUAAGUUGGUACUUCCUGCUCUGUGUGAACUACUUCUUUUAUGGAGAGACCGUGACGGAUUAUUUCUUCACUUUGGUCCAGAGGGAGGAGCCCUUGAGGAUCCUUAGCAAAUAUCACCGCUUCAUUUCCUUUGCCCUCUACUUAACAGGCUUCUGCAUGUUUGUUCUGAGCCUCGUCAAAAAGCACUAUCGACUCCAAUUCUACAUGUUUGGCUGGACCCAUGUGACUUUGCUAAUAGUUGUUACCCAGUCCCACCUCAUCAUUCACAACCUGUUUGAAGGAAUGAUCUGGUUUAUCGUCCCAAUUUCCUGCGUCAUCUGCAACGACAUCAUGGCCUACAUGUUCGGCUUCUUCUUUGGACGCACUCCGCUGAUUAAGCUCUCCCCAAAGAAGACCUGGGAAGGCUUUAUUGGAGGGUUCUUUGCCACCGUGGUGUUCGGCCUGCUACUGUCGUAUGUGAUGUCUGGAUACAGAUGCUUCGUGUGCCCCGUGGAGUUUAACAACGACACCAACAGCUUCACCGUGGACUGUGAGCCCCCUGAGCUCUUCCAGCUGCAAGAAUACAACAUCCCCUUGGUGCUUCAGUCUGUCGUCGGCUGGAAAACAGUUCGGAUGUACCCCUUCCAGAUCCACAGCAUUGCACUCUCGACUUUCGCCUCCCUCAUCGGUCCCUUCGGAGGGUUUUUUGCCAGCGGAUUUAAAAGAGCUUUCAAGAUCAAGGACUUUGCCAACACCAUCCCAGGGCACGGAGGCAUCAUGGAUCGGUUCGACUGCCAAUACUUGAUGGCCACCUUUGUGAAUGUAUACAUUGCAAGCUUUAUCAGAGGUCCUAAUCCGAGCAAGCUGAUCCAGCAGCUGCUAACUCUGCGACCAGAUCAGCAGCUGAACAUCUUCAACACGCUAAAGGCCCACCUGGUGGACAAGGGCAUGCUGGCUGGCUCUGAGGAUGCGUAGGCGCCUGUGUCGCCAGGAUGGGACUGAGCAUGGGCAAGCCCCUCACCCCCCCAGAGGAAACCCUCUCCCAGCUUGCCUGAUUUAGGACAAUAACCAAGCCUCGUGUCUCUCACUUCCUUUUCCAUAUAAAAGGUUUGCAUUUGUGCAUUUUUAAAAAGAAAUGUAUCUAUAUCUCUGUGGCGGUGGUUUGGAGCAAACAGAGGGGAGCUUUGAGCCGGGAAGGAACUGUGGCCCGGAAGGAGGCGCUCGGCUGAUGGUUUUGGAAGGCGGUUUUACCCCUCGGAUCUGCCCGGUGGUUUUUCUUAUUCCCAGAUGUGUAUAGAAAGUCGUGCAAGGCUCGUUCUACUCUCAGAGCAGCGGGGAGAGGGAAGAGACAGGGAAGAGUGCCAAAUAGCGUGGGUUAAAAAAAGAAAGAAGGCAGGGGUGUUGAAUCAAAAUUACCUGGAUUAUGCACCCCUGUUCCACCAUCCUGGCUUCCUUAUCCGUGAGAUGGAUCCGGUGCUGCGUAUUGCAUUUGGCAAACACCCAGGUUCCUAAGUCCAGCUUUCCCCAAUCUGUGCCCCCGUUCACGCAAACAUCCAACAAUUUGGUGGUGCAGAGAGCCAUCCUUAGUGCCAUGUGUAUAAUGUUGAGUGGGUUUUCACAGAGGUGGGUUGGAGAUCUUGCCCACCCCCAGGCCAGCCAAGAAAAUUGGGAUCCAGGGGCCCUUUGCUCACAGAAGCAGCUCGAGAGCCAGGAAGACUCGAGGACGGCGAUGCCAAAUGUCCUAAGUGGCGCUUCUGCAAGCGGGGGGGGGGGGGGCAAGGCCCUGCCCUGGAAACAGCUGCCCUUGUCUCGUUUCCGUGCAGGGGAAAUCCCUGCCAGCAGGAGAAGGCGCUUCCUCUUCUAGCCCAGUUUCCUGCGCAGAAAUGGAUGCAUGUUGCUCCCUGUCCCCAUAUUUCUUGCAUUGCUGGCGGAAAAGGAUGCAAAGUUCACCUGCUGCUGAGUUGUUCUUGAUAAGCAGGAAAGAUUGGGGCAUUUAUCUUUAUGUUCCUGAAGCAGAGCCAACCAUUUGCCACAGAAAAAAAUUGGAAGACCUUGAAGGCAAAUGCAUUUUUAUUUUUAUUUUUUUAGGUUUUAUUUCACAAAUCCUGCUGAACAUUUUUGGUUUUUUUUUUGCUGCUUCUUUUUUUAAGCCUUCCUUCAUUUUGGAUGGAAAGUACCUGAAUAGAUGGAUAUUGAGGCAGGAUUAAUAGAUGGAUAUUGAGGCAGGACACCUGGCCUCCUGGGAACUUCAAGGGGUCGUGAAGGAGCAGAGGCUCGCCUGGGUGCCCUGCCAUUGCAUCGUCCAGCUUAUGCCGCUGUUUUAGUCCCUGCUGUUGUGUGGCUCCUGUUUGUCUUCUGCCCCCUCUGGAGUCCUCGUUCCCAAGGCACUGGUCCCACUUUCAGUUGCAGAAAGGGACUCUCAUGACUGAAAGCUCAUGCAUAAAAAAGGCAUUAUCAGGACUCAGAAAGCGAGAGGGUGAGGAUAAAGAGUCUGUUAGUUUUCCAUAUGAAGGCGUGUUUGGGGUUUUUUGGAAAGAGGAAAUUUCAACCACGUUGAGCCCCUGUCACAGCCUGAAGUGGUCCAGCCUUGAUUCAGAUUUACGCAUGCUUUGAGAUCUGGGCCUGAGUCAUUGAGCAGCUGCUAGCUUAGGUGUAAUACCACGCAAGUGUCUCUUGACGUGGUUCCACUUCAGGGUCAGCCUUGACCGUCUCUGCUGUCACUUCCUCUGUGACAGAAGAGAGUGCGUGAGGAGCAAUUUGCGGUGGGCUGAUUAGCUUUUUCUUCUUUUUUUUACGGUGUAUUUUUGAAAGCUGCUCACUUAUACUGUUUUGCUGCCUCUUCUGGUAUAUUCCCUCAUCCCAUCUGACCCAAACGCUCUCGGGUUCGGAGUCCAGGCAUCUGAAACCACAUGGUGGGAGAAGCUCAUUGAGUUGAGGGGGCGUUGCAGGGAAAGAUUUUUGCCCCACUCUUCCUUUUGCUCUGCUGUCAAUAUGCCCCCCCUCCCCAAAGGAAACAGUCUUUAUUCCUGAUCUAAUGAUGGCCUUUUAACCACAGCUGACCCCUAAAUUGGACAUACCUGCCAUUUUGAUGGGAAGUUUUGGGUUUUGAGACCUAAAAAAGGGCAAGCAUGUGUGUGUGUGUUUUUGAACUUACUCAGUGUUUUGACCUUGGGGGAAGCAGGACAGAUGCAGAAUGGGUAUGUGGGGCAACGAGUGGCCAUGCAACAGUAAUUAAUUAAUAAACAAAAUUGGGGGAGGGGGUUCAAGGAGGGGUCUCUGUUUCAUUGAAAUGUCAUUGACAUUUCCUGAUUCCAGCUAAAUUCGGCUACUUGUCUGGUGGCCACAAUCCCUUGCAUCCUGCCUCCGAAAGGGAACUGGAAAUGAACAGUGUAUCCUAGACCUUUAUAAAUAUAUAUAUUAAAAAACCUGCAACAGCCAACAACACUUCUAAUAUAUAAGGCUCGUUGUGUGCACUCUGUCUGGAUAGGUGCGCGCUGUUCCGGGAUUGCUUCUCAUGCCAGUGCAUUUCAGGUACUGGGUGGGUUCAGUGUCCCAGCGCAUGAGUGACUGCUGGACAUCCCUGCAGUCUACAGAUCCUUGCAAGAGGCAGUCUUGGGUAUAGGUCAAACAAAUUGCUGGCAUUUCUGUUGCGAAGGCACCACAGGAGCACCCCUGAGAACUGGCACUCAUUUAAAGUUACCCAGAACAGGAAGAAUUCUUAUCCCGGUUUUAGUCACUAGAUGACAACAUUAUGGACGGUUUUAUGUUCGAUAUCUUUUUUGUUUUGUUUUUAAUGGCGUAUUAGUUUUCUCUUUCGGGGAGUUCAAAGAGGGCUGUGACCCAGCCAUAUUAGAAAAGGGCUGCUCAGGGAUGCAGAACAUUAACCCAGAAACAGCCGGUUCCUCCAAGGGGCUGAGGUGUAAGUGGGAGAGAAUCUCUCCUGCCCAAAGGGAAGCCUGUGGUUCUUACUCCAGUUGCACACAGGUAGCAAAGGUCUGGCACAUGGUAAGGGGAGCAGCAGGUCACAAGAGCCAGUUUGGUAUGCACUGGAGUUGCUUAAUGGGUUGUUAGUGGUGUGGGUGUAUUUGCUGGUGAAAAAACCCUGAGUUGGCCUGGAGUUGAGCAGGAUUAAAUUGGGGCGCUGUAGCUAUUACUUAGAGGAGUGUGUGCUCCAUAUUCUAGGCCUAGUCAGGCCAAAGUGUGUCCUUUUCCAUGGUUGGCUGGCCUUAUUGCCUGGCACACGGCACACGCGCGCACUAGCAAGCCAGGUGGAGCUGGAGGUGUGUUGCGCGUCACACCUGAGCCAGGUGACCUUGGCCCACCUCCCCACAAUCGCAGUGGUAGCUGGGCCCUGCACACAUAUCACGGGAUGGGGAAGGUGGAUCCAGAGGGGCUGUGUGAGGAGGCUGGAUUUCACAGGGGUUGGAGCUGGGCCCAAGUCCGGAUUCUGCAUUCUUUGGGGCUGAACUCAGUCAGGAGAGAGACACCGACACAAAGCAGUGUCUCUGGAGCAGAAGCCAGGCACUCACUUGCGAGGCGGUUGUGAUGCUUUGAGUGGGGAUCUGGAAGGCUGGCUGAGUGGAGUUGGGGACAGAAGAACUGGGGAACACUGGUCAACUCCCUCUCCCCCCAAUUAAAAGACCCUUUGCUUAACUGGUACUGGUUGCUUAGCAGAAGUGUGAGAUUUAACGUUUCAGGAGCUCGAAGGCUGACGUCCUCAUAACUCCCCUUUGUUAUAUCAAAGAGGGGGUCCCAGGGCAUAUCUUUUGGGGUGCUCUGCCACUUGUAUCUGAGGGGGACUCCUUGCCCCGCUUGCUAGCAAGGGCUUCCAGAAGGAAUCCUUAACUGCCUCUAGACAACAGACUUCCCAAGCGCCAAAGCAGACUCUUCGCCAUCCCUUUCCAACCUUUCUCAGUCCCUCCCUCCCCAAUUCUUUCUGCUAACAGCUCUGUAUGUUUGGAGGGGUAGCUUAGGUUGACAGAAGAGUCCCGCAUUCACAAUAUCUAAAGCUGGCAAUACAACCAUUGUGCUCAUCGGCAUGUCUGUGUCAACGAGAACUUGUGAACCCCUUUGGUGACAUCUUUCUGCACUCACAGACUCUCCCCUCCUGUUUUUCUUCUUCUGAUGCGGAUGUGCUUAUCCCUUCCACAAAUCCUCUGCUUUAUUUCUCUGUGCUUUUGUCUUUUACAGGGGGUAUGUUGGUGGUUGGUUUCUUUUUGGGUUUUCGUUUUCUUGCAGACACUUGUAGGCUUGCCUCUGUUACUUUUUGGUUCAUUUGACUGUCAGAAUGUGAAAUAUUAUAUAAAGGUAUUUUAUCCUAUUUAUAUACGGUAAUAUUGUUAAAUAAAAAUGUAUCUAAACUGUU